AUGGCUGGCAGCAGUGAGCGUUGCACCGAGCGGGCAGUGGCCAACACAUUGAGAGUGAAGAGCACAAGACUCGUCAGCCUCGCGGAGAGGGGCGGAGUGGAGAGGGGCGGAGUGGAGAGGGGCGGAGUGGAGAGGGGCGGAGUGGAGAGGAGCGGAGUGGAGAGGGGCGGAGUGGAGAGGGGCGGAGUGGAGAGGGGCGGAGUGGAGAGGGGCGGAGUGGAGAGGGGCGGAGUGGAGAGGGGCGGAGUGGAGAGGGGCGGAGUGGAGAGGGGCGGAGUGGAGAGGGGCGGAGUGGAGAGGGGCCGAGUGGAGAGGAGCGGAGUGGAGAGGAGCGGAUUGGAGAGGGGCGGAGUGGAGAGGGGCGGAGUAGAGAGGAGUGGUGUGGAGAGGGGCGGAGUGGAGAGGGGCGGAGUGGAGAGGAGAGGGGAGUGGAGAGGGGCGGGAGUGGAGAGGGGCGGAGGGGCGGAGUGGAGAGGGGCGGAGUGGAGAGGGGCGGAGUGGAGAGGGCGGAGUGGAGAGGGGCGGGGUGGAGAGGGGCGGAGUGGAGAGGGGCGGAGUGGAGAGGGGCGGAGUGGAGAGGGGCGGAGUGGAGAGGAGCGGAGUGGAGAGGAGCAGGAAUUAAGCCUCCAGGCAGUAGGCCGUAAUGAUAUCAUCAGCAGAUUGUAUGUCCUUGGUGCCUCUCAUUAG